AAAUACUCCGGUGGCGAAAAAAAAAAAAUAUAAAGGAAAUAAACUUCGCGUAAAACUCGAAUCCAAACACAUGAACAGAAUAAUAUCACCAAUAGAAGGAUCAUACUUAGCUGUUGAAUAUUCGAUAACAAACAGCUCUUCUGAGCAGUCAGAAAUAUGGACGGCCUACCCUUUGGAGCACCACCAAUCCUUCUGGAUAUGAAAUCGGAAAUCCAAAAUUAUUUGGAAAAUCCCCAGCUUCUUCCAAUUCAUGAUCUUGAAGUUGUCCAGCAGUACUGGAAACAUGAUACCAAUAUCAAGCAACUGUGUCAGGCCGAAGUUGCUGCUACCCCGACAACUUUGUUGGUUGAAAGAGACAUCAACACUGGAGCCUUGGCAGAAGUUGUUGAGAUAGUCACACCACAUGCAGGGAUGACAAAUAAAACCUCAAUGUCUCUACAAAGAAUUCCUGGUCCUCCAAGUGAAUGGGUUCGGGGAAAUGCAAGUAAUGUCCCAUUCUGGCCUGGUGGGUUAGAGUGGAAUCCAUCUGAGACUAUGUCAGACUUGCUGCAAAUAGAUGACCUGAUGGAAGAGUUAUGUUUUAAGAAAGACCUAAAAACAGUUCCACCAGGAUUCAAGAAUGGCAUGAACUUUGGUACAAGUGAUGUUAAUCUUAAUCUUGCAGCAUCUCUAAAGCAGAAAGCAAAACCUCACGACACUGAAGACAAAUUGAAAACGGAGUCCGAUAGCUCAUCCGUAAUUGAUUUGGCCGAUUUGCUUAAAGAAAAGGGAUCUAUAUUUAAAUGGAUUGAGGAGGAGCCUGUUCCUUUCCAAAACCAUAAGCUUGCUGAAAAGAAAUCAAUUGUGAUGUCCGAAAAUGAAGACGGCGAUUUAGAUGACAUUCCGGUUGUAGACAUUUCUAAAGUUCUUAGCCUGUCAGAGAAGCAGAAAUUAAAGUCAACUGAUUGGGCGGAGAUAAUCGAUGUAUCGACUUCCUUGGAUAAUUUCAACGACCUCGUUCCCAACCCCGCGUUCACAUGGCCUUUUGAACUGGAUAGGUUCCAAAAACAUGCUAUUAUUCACCUUGAAAAAGGAGAAGACGUGUUCAUAGCUGCUCAUACAUCUGCAGGUAAAACUGUAGUAGCGGAAUAUGCAAUCGCUCUGUCGCAGAAACAUUUGACAAGAGCAAUCUAUACAUCACCCAUAAAAGCCUUGUCUAACCAAAAAUUUCGGGACUUUAAAACUACCUUUACCGACGUGGGCCUUUUAACCGGUGACGUUCAGAUCAAUGCCAAAGCUACAUGCCUUAUCAUGACAACGGAAAUUCUUCGGUCAAUGCUUUACAAUGGUUCUGACAUCAUUCGUGAUUUAGAAUGGGUCAUAUUCGAUGAGGUGCAUUACAUUAAUGACAGUGAACGUGGUGUAGUUUGGGAGGAGGUCCUGAUUCUCUUGCCUUCACACGUUAAUAUUGUAAUGCUCAGCGCUACUGUACCCAACACUUCUGAAUUUGCGACUUGGGUUGGUCGGACAAAAGGGCGCAAAAUGUAUGUUAUUAGUACAUUGAAGAGACCUGUACCCCUGGAGCACUACUUAUAUACGGGUUUGACAGGCAAGACAAAGGACGAACGUUUCCUGAUUGUCAACGCUGAAGGGGCUUUUGUGCCCAAAGGAUACAUGGCCGCAAUGGAAGCCAAGAAAUCUAAAGAAAAAGAUGUUAAGCCGAGUAGUGCUGGUGCUGGUAGAGGACGUGGUGCUCCAACCAAAGAAGUUAGCAGAGCACCCGGUGGAGGAGGCCACAAAGGUUGGGGACCUCCACAGGAAAAGAACCUAAUGAUUGCCCUUCUGGACCAUCUCAAGAAACAUGAUCAGCUUCCUGUUGUGGCUUUUACUUUUUCACGUAACCGUUGUGAUCAAAACUCAUCCUUGCUCACCUCGGUAGAUCUAGUAACAGCUGAAGAACGGGGACGUAUUCAUCAAUUCUUCCAAAAAUGUGUGUCGCGUCUAAAGGGAUCGGAUCAAAAACUACCGCAGGUAACGAAUAUGCAGAUUUUAUUGAAAAGAGGUAUAGGCGUCCAUCAUAGCGGCAUAUUACCCAUCCUCAAGGAGGUGGUAGAAAUGCUUUUCCAAGAAGGACUUGUCAAGCUUCUCUUCGCAACUGAAACUUUUGCAAUGGGUGUUAAUAUGCCGGCAAGAACUGUUGUGUUUGACAGUAUUCGUAAGCAUGACGGAACGGGAUUCCGCAAUCUACUUCCGGCAGAGUAUAUCCAGAUGGCUGGAAGAGCUGGACGUCGGGGUCUUGACACUACAGGGACAGUUAUCAUCCUCUGCAAAAACGAUGUGCCUGAAUCAAGUGAAUUACAUGCAAUGAUGCUGGGUCAGCCCAUGAAGCUAUCGUCGCAGUUCCGAGUUACCUAUUCCAUGAUUCUUAAUCUUUUGCGUGUUGAACACUUGCGUGUGGAAGACAUGAUGAAGCGGUCAUUCGGCGAAGACCAUCAACAGUCCAAGCUGGGCAAAGUGAAAGAUCAGUUACAGAAGCUCUACGACCAAGUCCAGCAGUUGCCCCAGUUAGCCUGUGAUAUCUGCAUAGACAUUGAAAGUUACUAUAACAAUGCUGCUUCGUAUCUUAAUUCAAAGGAAGAGAUGCAAGAAAGCUUAUUGACCCAUCCUAGCAUGAUGCGUGAAAUGAACCCUGGCCGUGUUUUGAUUGUCCAACAUCAAGGACGAUGCAAUAAGCUAGCCGUUCUCCUUUCUAUCGAUUCAAGAUCCAAAGAAAAACUGUACAAGGUUUUAGUGUUGAUUAGUGGCGAUGGCGAACCGACGAGCAAAAAAGACGACAUGAUCUGGACAAAGAUGCUAGGCAUCUCUCAGUUAAAAAAAGGUCUAUUUUACCCAACGUCAAGAGUCAACCACGCUGUUGUGCUCCUCAAAGCCAAGCAAAUUUGGGAAGUCACCCGCGUUCAGCUCAAAAUCGAGUCUGAUAAGAUUGUUGCCGACUGGGAUAAUCGCCAAAUACCUCGUUUCCGGGACAACCCGCCCGGACCUAGCUGCACGGCAGCUGUUCAAGAAUUGUCUCGCCUUUCGCAAACCGCUUCAGUCGAAGUAAUCAAUCCACUUCAAGAUUGGAAGUGGACGAAUAUGGAUCUUGUAGGGAAAAUGCAGGAACUGUCGAUCUUGUUUAACAGAUUGGCAUCUGCCACCUGUACGGCUUGCUCUCAAUUCGAGCAACAUUUAGAACAAACAAGUGCCUCUAUGAGCAUCCAAGAAGAAUUGCAAAGGACACAGUUUCUUUUGUCUGAGGAUAGCUUACUGCAUUCGGCCGAUUAUCAUUCCCGUCUCGAAGUUCUCAAGGAACUUAAUUAUGUUGAUGGCAACGGAACUUUACAAAUGAAGGGGAAAGUGGCAUGCGAAAUGGGAAACCACGAGUUAAUAAUCACGGAGCUGGUUUUCCACAAUGUUCUUACGGAACUCCAGCCCGCUGAAAUAGCUGCCUUGCUUUCAUGUUUGGUAUUUCAACAAAAGAACGCAAGUGAACCACAUUUGACACCUGUUUUGGAGAAGGGCCGACUUCGUAUUCGUGAAAUAGCAGAAAAGAUUGGGCGUACUCAGCAAGCUUGUGGAAUCAAAGAGGCCGUGGGGGAUUUUGUGGACCAAUUCAGAUUUGAGUUGGUGGAAGUCGUUUACGAGUGGGCUAAAGGAAUGCCUUUUGCUGAGAUUAUGGGUCUAACGGAUGUUCAAGAAGGCAUGAUAGUACGGUGUAUUCAGCGCUUAGACGAAACACUGCGUGAUGUCCGCGAUGCCGCUCGCAUCAUUGGAGAUCCAAUACUUUACCAGAAAAUGGGAGAAGCUUCUACAGCCAUCAAACGAGACAUUGUUUUUGCAGCAAGCUUGUAUACGCAAUAAAUGAGUUACUGAGUAAAGUAACAAAAUAAGUAAA